AUGAUCCAAGGGCGUGCGGAGAACGGCGCUACCCAGAGAGGCGCUACCCAGAGCGGCGCUCUCCGGGGUCACUCCCCUAGGACGCUUCGCAGAGCCGGGAGCGCUGCCCCACCCCGCCUGGGCCGCCCCUGGGGACCCCGCUCCGGGCUCUGCGGCUCCCCUGCCCCGCGCCGCGCCCACCCGCCCCCCGCACUCACCAGCCGCUCCGGCGCCGCUAUCUUGCCAUCCCCCGCCGCCGGCUCUGCUGCCUCGGCCGCCGCCCCGGGGCUGCCCAGAGCCCGCAGCCGCCCGGAGGCAGGAGCCUCCAAGGAGGGGGCCGGGCACAACCCGCCGCCGCCGCCGCCGCCGCCGCCGCCGCCGCCGCCGCCGUCUAGCCUUCCCAGUGCCGGCGCGAGGCUACUCGAGGCGGCCACGGGCGAAGGGCGGCCCGCUGCGCUGUGCGAACCCCGCGAGCCGCCGCCGCCGCCGCCAGAGCCGCCCACAGGCAACGGUAACCGCCACGGCCGAGUCGCUCCAGCCGGGACUGCGGCGCGCGGGGGCGGUACCUACAAGCCGCUCGGCUGGGGGCGCCGCGGGCCGGACCCCGCCCAGGCCCCGCCCCCGCCUCCGGCCCCACCCCAAUCCGCGCGCCCCCGCCGAUGCCGGGCCGCGCGCGCGGGCUCGUCCGCGGGGCCAUCCCUGGGAGUCAGAGGAAUCGGGCCGCGCGACGGGCCCCGGGCGCUGAGGGUGGGGCUUCCUCCGAGCCUCCGGCUGCGAGGCCGCUCUCGGAAGGUCACGGCAGCGCUGGGGAGAGGCAGGCGGCCGAGCCCGCGCAGAUCCUCGCGAAAGGACAACUGCGCGACGGCCUUGCCAGGAGGACCAGAGCUCCCUGAACGCUGCCGCUGCAAACACUGCCUUGAGAAGAGGAGAGCGCGGGGCUGUAUUUUCGCCGCCUCUCGUAAUCACCAAAUGAAAUUAGCUGGAGAGCGUUUGAUGGCGCAGAAUCGCGGUCUGAAGAUGUUUACGCUGUGCGCCGGACGCGUUUGAUGGUGUUCUCUUCAGCACAAUUAAUUUUGCAAAGUUCAGAAAUGUGCCAAAUAGAGCCCCUGGCACGCAGUCAGGACUCUGCAGACACACCUUGAGUAGGAAACCGGCUUGUUUGUUUCAUCUGUUAUUUAUGUGAUGCACCAGCACCAAGGCCAACGUCUUUUUAAAGACCUUUGGAUACAAUUCCAAAGCAAUUUGUAAAUUGACAAAAUGAAGCUCGUUUUCUAAAAUAACUGUUCCCUGUUGAUUACGUAAUUAAAUGGGCAACAAAACACCUGAAAGUACAUUUAUUGAAAAGUAGACUUCCAAAACAAAAAUAUGUAUUUCACAGCUAGAAAUGGUGGCUACUAGUGUCCUAAAGGCCAGCUGCAUUCAUGUACGUAUUUUGAACCCUAAAACUAAACGCUUCCUGUUAUCCCUAA